CGAGUUAGAGCAGCUUGAGCUUUGUUUCAUGUGACCCUUGUCACUGUACCACGUCUCUUUUCUCCUCCUCCACACUUCUCUCUGCACUUCCAUGCAGCUUGGAGAAAUAGUUUGAUAUAAAAAUUCGACAGGAAUCUUUCUCAUGCCAUUCUGUGAUUUAUCCGUACACACACUGCUUGCUUUGCUUGGAUUGAUCAAAAAAUCCAUGAAAGCAUCAAUGCAGUGAAGCUGGGAAAGUUUCCUGGAAUGUGUGCAUUGGAAUCGUGCCUGUUUUGUGUUCCAACUCCCUUUCACAAGUUUGUGAUUCUGACUUUCUGAGCUAGUUUCCUUGAGUUAUUUGAGCGAAGAGAAACAGAACUCAAUUUGGGAAACUUGGUUUUUGGUUCUUGUUGGGCCCAAGUGUUUCAAUUUUUUGGGGGUAUCAGAAAACCCAGAUCUUUCAUUGGUUUAAUUUGUUAACUUGUAUUUUAUGUAUGAAUGUGUUAAGGGCUCCAAAUUUCUGGUGUACUCACCCCAAGUCUUGCCACCAUUAAAGAGCUAGCGCUUAUCCUUCUUGGGUUUUGUAACAGAUUAGCUUUCUUGAGCAAAAAUUCAAGUGGCUCAUUUAUUAGAUUGAAACUAAGAUAUUGUUUCUUUUAGUUUUUCUUGUUAUUUUAGUGUAUUCCUUUUCUACUGGUCCAGUGAUAUUGAUUCCAGCAUACCAGCUUUUGGGUUUUGGGGUUUGAAUUUUGAUAAAUUCAAAAUAACCAAAUUUCUCACAGAAGUUGCUCAUCUUGAAGCUGUGUCUCUGUUUCACUAAGAAGACCACUCUGGUCCUUGGUCCCAGUUCUGAGUCAAACCAUAUGGGUUUUUGCUAAAGAUACCCAAGUAUUAUGAAUUUGAGCUGGAAAGCUAGUACUUUGUAGGCUCUUUAGUGGAAUUCUUUUGUUUAAGAAUAGAAACCAAAGAUUUGGUUGUGGUGCCCAGAAAUGAAGAAUCAAGCAAGAGUCCAUCUGCAUCUGUUCUGAUUCAGUGUAAAGCCUCCUGUUUCAAUUUUGCAAAGUCAAAGUUUUGUGCUUGAAAAUGGGUACUAGGCUCCAGAACCAGGAGAGAGUGCCAGAGAAUCUGAGAAAACAGCUUGCAAUUGCUGUGAGAAGUAUCCAGUGGAGCUACGCAAUCUUCUGGUCCAUUUCACCAAGACAGCCAGGGGUUUUGGAGUGGGGUGAUGGGUACUACAAUGGAGAUAUUAAGACAAGAAAAACAGUUCAAGCCAUAGAACUUGAUGCUGAUCAAAUGGGUUUGCAGAGGAGUGAACACUUGAGAGAACUUUACGAGUCCCUCUCAGCUGGUGAAGCAAGCCCACAAGCUAGAAGGCCUUCAGCAGCAUUAUCUCCUGAAGAUCUUGCUGAUACAGAGUGGUAUUACUUGGUUUGCAUGUCUUUCGUCUUCAACAUUGGCCAAGGGUUGCCAGGACGAACGUUAGCGAAUGGCCAACCAAUCUGGCUAUGCAAUGCUCAUUAUGCAGAUAGUAAAGUGUUUAGUCGCUCUCUACUAGCAAAGAGCGCGUCCAUUCAGACUGUGGUAUGCUUUCCUUUUAUGGGAGGUGUGAUAGAGCUGGGUGUGACUGAGCUGGUUCUGGAGGACCCUGGUCUCAUUCAACAUGUUAAAACAUCAUUUUUGGAGGUUCCAUACCCCCUAUGUUUGAACACAACCAAUCCUAGUGCAGGAAGCUAUAGAAAUGACAAUGAUCUUACCAGCUCUGCGCUUGAUCAGGAUGUUAUCGACACCAAAUUCAUUCCAAUUGUAAGAUGUGAAGAAAUAGAUGUGACUUACAGUUCAAAUGGGUUCGGGCCAAAUCAACCAGCUGAAGAUUCAUUCAUGGUUGAAGGGAUGAAUGGGGCAGCUUCCCAAGUACAGAGCUGGCAGUAUAUGGAUGAUGAGUUAAGUAACUACGUACAUCAUUCCAUGGAUUCGAGUGAUUGCAUAUCUCAAACAUUGGUAUAUCCUGAAAAGAUUGUCUCCGGUCCUAACGGUGAAAAGGUUGUCUCUGAUCAUUUUCUGCAAGACCAUAAAGAGUGCAAUUCCACAAAACAAGUCUCUUUGGCACCUGAAAGCAAUGACUUGCAUUACCAGAGUGUUCUUUCUUCCCUUCUAAAGAGCUCACACCAAUUAAUUUUGGGGCCACACUUUCAAAAUGGUCGUCAGGAAUCCAGCUUUGUGAGUUGGAAGAAAGGAGGAUCUGUAAAAUGCCGAAAACAACGAGUUGGAAGCCCGCAAUACUUGUUGAAGAAGAUUUUGUUUGAAGUUCCUAAGAUGCAUGUAAUUUGUGUUCUUGAGUCCCCAGAAGAUAAUGGUGAUCGAAAUGGAGUUUGGAGACCAGAAGCUGGUGAAAGUCUUAUGAACCAUGUAUUAUCCGAGAGGAAGCGAAGGGAAAAACUAAAUGAAAGGUUUUCCAUUUUGAAAUCUCUGGUGCCUUCAAUUCAAAGGGAUGACAAAGUAGCCAUACUUGAUGAAGCAAUAGAGUAUUUGAAAGAUCUUGAGAAAAGGGUUGAAGAGUUGGAAACGUCCCAGGAGUCAACAGAUUUAGAGGCGACAAUAAAGAGGAAACCCCAAGAUAAUAGUGAGAAAACAUCUGACAGCUGUUGCAACAACAAAAGGAGUAAUGGGAAGAAACCAUUAGUUUACAAGAGGAAGGCCUGUGACAUUGAUGAAACAGAACCAGAAAUCAACUAUGUUGCGUCGAAGAACAGUUCGAGUGAUAAUAUAAAGGUGAGUAUGAACAACAAGGGUGCUCUAAUUGAGAUGAGGUUUCCUUGGAGGGAGGGAGUGUUGCUAGAAAUCAUGGAUGUCACAAGCAGUCUCCACUUAGAUACUCACUCAGUUGAAUCAUCCACCACAGAUGGGAUUCUUUCUCUGACUAUUCAAUCAAGGUUUAAGGGGUCUAAUAUUGCAUCAGCUGGGAUGAUAGAGCAAGCACUUCAGAGAAUCGCUAGGAACUGUUGAAGCUGGUGUUCUAGUGAUGCCGUAGAGGGUUAUUUGAUUUUCUCACGUACAAUUGUGCAAAGGAUGUUUAGAUUGUCACUGUAAGACACACGAGUCUUGGAGGUUUAUUUUUUGCUGCAAGUAGUCACUAGUCUAGUAAGAGGAACUAAGCUUCCUGCCAAAUGUCAUAAUUUUGUUCCAAGUUUAUAAAAUACGAUUCUGCACCUAA